CACACAUCCUGGCGAGGAAAUGACCUAAGAGGAAGCCUCCGGCUGUGCAAACAAGGGGGAAGGAGGAGGGGGGAGGAAACGCACCCCACUCAGCAGCUGAGUUUUAGGAGUUGCCGUCGGAUCCCAAAGUGUCCUGCUAACUCAGCAGCUUCCCUGACCUAACAGCACUUGAACAAGGGAAAGGGAUGGAGGAGACAAGCAAAGAGGACUAUAAAAUAUAUUCAUUUGAUUCAGAAGUUCAGCAGUUACUGAAAACAGCACUCAAAGAUCCCAGCAGCGUGGAUCGGGAGAAAGUGGCCAAUAUAAUUGUUGACCAGUCCUUAAAAGACUGUGUGUUCAGUAAAGAGGCCGGGCGCAUCUGUUAUGCCAUCACUCAGGUGGAAAGCAAACAAACAGGCCAAAGUAUCUUCCGGAGGUGCCUUCUCAACCGACUGCAGCAAGAGUAUAAGGGCCGUGAUGAGUUGCGAGCCCAUUCCCUCCAAGCAUGGAUCUGCUACGUCACUUUUAUCUGUAACAUCUUUGAUUACCUGCGGGUCAACAAUAUGCCCAUGAUGGCAUUGGUGAAUCCUGUUUAUGACUGCCUCUUCCGAUUGGCACAGCCCGAUAGUCUGCAGAAAGAGGAAGAGGUGGACUGCCUGGUGCUGCAGCUGCACCGCAUUGGCGAACAGCUUGAAAAGAUGAACAGUCAGAGGAUGGAUGAGCUCUUUUCCCUUCUGCGUGAUGGAUUCCUUCUGCAGGAGGGUCUCAGCUCCCUCUCCCAAUUGCUACUCCUGGAGAUCAUUGAGUUCCGGGCCACUGAUUGGAAAAUGACAGAAGCAGCUCAGAAGUAUUAUUACAGUGAGGUCACUGACUGAACACUUGAACCACCAGCAAAGCCUGCAUUCGCACCAUUUUCACCAGCAAACUUUACACCAAAGCUGCAACUUGUAUGCUUUUUUAAAAAAUUCCUAACCCUUUUGUUAUAGAACAUGUGCCCUGCUCCUUUGUGCCAGGGAACUGCUGCCCAAAACUGAGGAGCUGAGAAAUUUUUUUUAAAAAAGUGGCAGACGCUUGGCCAUUGCUACUCUUGUUGUAUUGCACUAAAUACUGGCUUGUAUUAUGUCCUUUUGCAGGCUAGGCUGGCAUUUUACGCAGGGAGGUUUUUCUCUCCCUUACUUUCAAUUUAGCAACAUCAAUGGCAGGUUUUAAAAACUAGCCUAGGAAUCAUUUUACAUACACUUCAAAAAAAUACCAGCUCUUUCUGGUCUGUAUUGGUAAGGCUUUGUUUCACUUAAUACUUGGUUACUACCCUCAAUUUACUCUUUUUUUAAAAAAAGGAAAAUCAUGAUAUGAUCAAAGCUCAAGUGUCAUUUACUUCUUUGUAACCAAGGUUUCUCCAAUGGAACUAUUAAUCACUCUGGAAUCCAAACGGUGCCUAGACUAGAUUGGUCUGAAAUCAAACUCUUUUCUUUUCUCCCCAACUAUAGGAAACUAGUCUGACAGGGAGAGGCUAGUAUUGCAUAAGGGAGAUUUUGAUGGACAGUCUUAUCAUAACCAGCAUAUACAAUGGAAUCAUCCAAGAAGGGCUACUUUGAUAAUUAAUCCUUGCCUACUUAGAUGCAAAAUUCAUCACAAUAAAAAGGCUUAUCUUAUGAAAA